AUGGGAACAGCCGGGAAGGCACACCGAGAAACUCUCAUCAAACUAGGACACGUCGUCAUGAGGAGACCGACGAGACGGCUGAUCGGUCCAUCGUCACUCACGAGCAAGUCAAGCCACCCACGAAUGUCCACGGGCAAUAGCACAAACGCCGCAGUAUCAGCCAAACCUUGUCGGCACGGGAAACAGCUUCCCCGGGGUCACACAGCUGGUUCUUCAUACCAGUGGUACUACCUGGCCCCUCACUCUCUUGCCGUUCGUUACGAGGGUGGCGUCCCGCAUCACACUUAUUGGCCUGUGGCUGCAGCCGGACCCCGUGGUGUGCCUGAUGGUGUAGUGUACGGACACGUAGCAGACCUGACGACCACAACACCGCCCCCUGAUUCAGGUGAUGGUAACUUUGCGAGGAAAAGCAUGCCACCCCCCACUAUCUUCGGAGGAAUCAAUGAGCGGAGAUCCAAACUCUCCGAUACUGAUGGGGCGGCUGGCCGGUUCUAG